CCGAUUGUCAUUUCCAGUACCUUAAACGUAGCUGUCACGUUGCACAUUGCACCUUUUUACAAUGGCACACCAAUGUAGUUGUGGAGAUAUACAUAAUAAUGUAGAAUUGGGUGUACAAUAUAAUUUAUACCAAAAAAUUGACAUAGAAAAUAUAGAAUGUUUAAAUGAAUGUGAAGAAGGUAGUGGAGCUGUUGUAUUUAAACCAUGGGAAAACAGAUUAGACAGAAAUAAAUAUGUCGAAAGUGAUGUGGAUAAUGAACUCUUAUUUAAUAUUCCUUUCACAGGAAAUGUAAAGCUAAAAGGUCUCAUCAUUAUUGGAGGAGAAGAUGAUUUACAUGCAAAUAAAGUAAAGUUAUAUAAAAAUCGACCACGUAUGACAUUUGAUGAUGUGGUCACAGAACCUGAACAAGAAUUUGAACUAUGUGUAGAUAGUACUGGAGUACAUGAGUAUUCUCUUAAGGUAGUGAAAUUUUCAUCAGUGCAUCAUCUAAGUUUACAUUUUACUGGUAUUGAAGGCUCAGAUAAAAUCAAAAUUUAUUAUAUUGGAUUAAAAGGAGAAUGGUCACCUGGUCACCAACAUGGUGUUACCAUUUGUACUUAUGAAUCACGUCCACAAGUAAAUGAUCAUCCAAGAGAACAUGAAGAUAUUGAUAGGACAGUUAGCUGA